AUGGCAGCUCUUGAAUCCGUACAGUCUCAGUUGCCACUGCAAGAUUCCAUUUUCAGCACCAGCACUGUUAUUGCACUAUGUGUGUUCUUCACCCUCCUCUGCGCUUGCAUCAUAAUUGGUCAUUUGUUGGAAGAGAACCGAUGGGCCAAUGAAUCCAUCACUGCCCUUUUUUUGGGUCUGGUUGCUGGGCUUGUGGUGUUGCUGGUGACCAAGUUCCAGAGUUCGCGUAUUCUGAUCUUUAGUGAAGACUUGUUCUUCCUCUAUCUACUUCCCCCAAUCAUUUUCAACGCUGGUUUCCAGGUCAAGAAAAAGCAAUUUUUCAAGAACUUCACCACAAUUUUGUUAUUUGGAAUAGUUGGUACAGUAAUUUCUUUCUGCCUCAUAUCAUUAGGCGCCUAUUUACUUUUCAAAAGAUUUGGUUUCACAACUCUGACCCUUCAAGAUUUCUUAGCUAUUGGUGCCAUAUUGUCAGCAACUGAUUCAGUUUGUACAUUGCAGGUUCUUAAUCAAGAUGAGACGCCCUUUCUUUACAGUGUCGUUUUCGGGGAGGGAGUAGUGAAUGAUGCUACCUCCAUUGUGAUUUUCAAUGCAGUACAAUCGCUAGACAUUAGUGACAUCGAUGGUCUUACAGCCUUGAAAUUGUUGGGGACUUUUCUUUACCUCUUCUUCACCAGUACUGCUCUUGGUAUAGCAGCGGGCCUACUUAGCGCUUAUAUCAUAAAAACACUUUACUUUGGAAGACAUUCUACAGAUCGUGAAUGUGCCCUCAUGAUGCUUAUGGCUUAUUUGUCUUACAUGUUGGCUGAGCUUUUGGGUCUCAGUGGAAUUUUGACCGUUUUCUUCUGUGGCAUAGUUAUGUCCCACUACACAUGGCACAACGUUACAGAAAGCUCAAGGAUAACAACCAAACAUGCAUUUGCAACAAUGUCAUUCAUUGCAGAAACCUUUAUAUUCCUUUAUGUUGGUAUGGAUGCCUUGGACAUUGACAAAUGGAAAGCCAGCAAGUCAAGUCCAGGAACUUCAAUUGGUGUCAGUUCACUGUUGUUUGCACUCGUAUUAAUCGGAAGGGCAGCAUUUGUUUUCCCAAUUGCAAACAUUACAAAUUGUUUUAAGAAAAGAGAUGGUACGAAAAUCGAGUUCCGUAACCAGUUUAUUAUGUGGUGGGCAGGCCUAAUGAGAGGUGCAGUCACUAUUGCUUUGUCAUACAGCCAAUUUACAGACAGCACUGGUUCGACUUCGACAAGAGAUAGUUCCUUGAUGAUCACCAGUACCAUAAUUGUUGUUCUAUUCAGCACAGUGGUAUUUGGCUCCAUAACAAAGCCAUUAAUCUCAGCUCUGCUGUUGCAACAUGCAAAACCAAACACUUCAGAUGCAACUGAUAUCCCAAGUCUAGAAGACUUAAGGUUUCUGUUCCUGGAACCAGGUGAGCCAAGUGGGGAAGGCAACAGCCAGCCAGCCAGAAAGGGAAGUAGCUUAAGGCUGCUGAUGACUCAUCCAACUUCGACUGCUCACUACUUGUGGAGAAAAUUUGAUGACAAGUUCAUGAGACCGGUGUUCGGUGGACGGGGUUUUGUUCCAUUUGUUCCUGGUUCACCAAGUGGUGCAGCAGAAGCUGCAGAACAUACUCCUUGA